UACCAAAAAAAAUAGUUGAUAAUAAAGAAAUAAGUCAUACUAGCUUUGCUUUUAGUAAUUUUAAUUAGCUUAGAUCGAAACCAUAUCAAAUAAAAUAUUAAAGUUAUAAGCAAUUUAUUUUCAAGUUAUUAAUAUACAAAUUAAUAUAUUUACUUAAUUAAUUUCAGAAAUAAUCAACUACUUUUCCAAAUGAGUGAAAGCCAUCUAGAUCCUGUAUAGUCUACUAACUAGACUAUUAGGACCACUUAAGCUACAUGUCCUACUCUUCCAGCUUAAUAACCUAAGCAGAUCUUAGCUCCUUCAUUAAGUUAAACAUCACAGUUAGAGACUUCUGCGAAAAUAUAAGUUACUGACCCCAACAAUAUUUAUGCGAUAACAAAUUAAAUCCAACAAAGGAGCAUUGAUUACUAAAAAAGUCAACGCUAUUACCUAAAUGAUGAAGCUAUCAUAGAAGAAUUUUAGAAAUUAGAGUUAUCUCCUUUUAGUAACUAAGCUUCCUCCCCUUUUUUUACAAGCAAAAGUGAUUAUACUUAGAAUCUAAAAAGAAGCAUGUCUCCAACUUCAUCUUACACGCCUUAAUCUAUAAACUCUGGUUAAUAAAAUUAAAUCUUGUAAUUAUAAAGGGAGCUUCAGAUUCAAAAGAAUAACUACAUUGAUCUCUUUUAUAACUUCGCUAAUUCAAAUGAAAGCCUUAAAAAUCAUGUCAAUAAUUUGAUAUAAUUGUAAAUGGAAAGAGUGAAUAAAGAAGGAUAAAAUCAUUCUUAAAAUGACUCAAACUAACUUUUAAUUUAGCAAAUCAGAUUUUUGCAGGAGUAACUUAAAAAAGCAAAUGAUGAAAAUAUAGAUUUAUCCCAAAAAUUCCAGUUAGCAUAAAAUGAAAAGUAAUUGUUGAGACAGGAAAUAGAAUUAUAGAGAGAGAAAUUGCAAAAAUAACAAAAUAUGUUGAAUGGACCUAUGAUUCGUUAUACACAAAUUAGAGAAGAAGUCAGAAAAGAGAUAGAAGGAAAACUCAUUAGUUAACACAAAGAAGAAAUGAAUGCUAUAAUUACAAAAUUUUCCAGGGAAAAAGCAAAAAUGAUCAAAACAAUAGAACUCCAGAAGCUAAGAAUUCUAGAUAACGAAAGAAUUAUGCUGUAAAUGGAAGGAGAUUUGGAAACAGUAAGAGACUCAUAUUCAACAUAUUUACACAAAUCAGCUAAGAAUUUGUAGUAGAUAGUUGUUGAUCAAAACAGCUUUGAAAUUCCAGAAGAGUAAACUCUGAACAAGUCAGAUUAAUCUGAUACUUAAAUGGAAAGUGCUAAGAGAAGUAAUCCAGCUACUUCAUCUGUUUCUUCAGUAAAAAGACUAGCCAACUAAUUUAUAUCGACAAAAAGCUCGACUAAUUUAUAACAAAAUAGUACUUAGAAACACCAUAGAAAGAAUAAAUCUUAUGAAAACCCCAAUUAACUUCAAAAUCUCAAGCAAAUAAUAUCAACUCCAGGUCUUUUGAACUCUAACAAUCUUUAAGCUUCAUCAAAUACGAAUUUACCUUCAUCCUAAGCAAGUAGUGGUAGACAUCACCAUCAAAAAUACAGCUCUAUAUCAACUCCUCAAUCAAUACCAGCAUCUGAUCAUUACAAACUCCCUAAUUAAUUCGAUUUCUACUCACCUGAUAAGGCCUUCCUUCUUAACUAAAAGUAUUCAAAGUAAAAUAAUUCUCACUCUAAGUAUUUAAGUCAAUCAUAAAUAACAGCAGCUACAAGUAAAAGUAAUUCAAAAUUGCUUAAUCAAUCAUAAGCCAUGUAAUAAGUACCAGAUAAAAGACCUUCUCUUAAUUCUUAAUUUAAUUUAUACGAUAAUAAAGUGAACAAUUAAUAACAAAACUAAUUUUAUAGUUCAUCUCCUUACUCCAUCUAGUUAACUUCAAUAGGUCAAACGUAAUAAUAAGCUUCAUAGUCUAUUCCUAGUAAUAUUACUCCUUUAAGUGAGUAAUUAGGGAUUAGAACUUCUCAAAACAGCGUAAAAAAUAACACUGCAACUUAAAAUUAAUUAGUGCCUAACAAAAAUGACUUGAAUGAAGUUUAAGGACAAAGUUAUUUAAAAUAAAUCGCAUAAAAAUAUAAUCCUAAUUUGCUGAACCCAUAAUUUUAUGAUCGUUCAACAAAAGCCUAAGAGGUUUCAUAGCUACAAAAUAUUAAUUAGUAAGGUGAAAAUUAUUCAGUAAUUUCAUCAUAAUCAAGUCCUGUAGUUCAUAGUGCUGAUAGUAGUGUGAAUAUUUUCAAAAGAUUCAAAAAUAGUGUUGACGAAAUAAUUUAAAUUUGA